UUGCACAAACUUGGGCUUUGGAUCAGCGUCUUCCAGGGACACUGGGGUUUGGGAAUUCGUCGUGCUGGUGGGAUUGGGAGCAGGGAGGUUGAUUUCGUGGAAUUUUAUGUGGGACAGGUGGUGUGUCCUGCACUGAACAGCUGUGGGAAGGUUUGCAUGUGGGAGACUCUGCUUGGGACUUCGGGCCCAAAGGGACUUUAUUGGGAAAGGUCUGUGAGUUUCCACUUUUGUGAAAACCAUAUUGGAGGCGAAGCUGUCAAAUUUGUUCAGUUUUUGACAUCCCAGAACGGUUUGGGUCGGAAGGGACCUUAAAGCCCAUCUCAUUCCAUCCCCUGCCAUGGGCAGGGACACCUUCCACUAUCCCAGGUUGCUCCAAGCCCCGUCCAACCUGGCCUUGGACACUUCCAGGGAUCCAGGGGCAGCCACAGCUUCUCUGGGCAAAUCAAUAACGUAUUUAUAGACCUUGGCUCGAACCGGCAGCCGGAGCCGGGGCCGUUCACUUUCAGAGCCGGCCUGGACGAUCCGUGCGGGUCCCUCCCGGCACAUUCCCUGUAAUCCCUGGGUUCUGUGUGCCCGCAGCACGUCCCGAGAUGGCGGAGGAGAACGAGGAGCUGCAGGAGAACGAGGAGCUGCAGGCGGGCGAGGAGCUCCCGGCCCCGCCCGAGGACGGCUUCGAGCAGCUGGAGAACGACAGCCCCGCCGAGCGCAGCGGGCACGUGGCCGUCACCGACGGGCGCUGCAUGUACGUCUGGGGAGGAUACAAGAAUGCCCAAGUUCGGGGAUUUUAUGACUUCUACCUGCCUAGGGAUGAAAUAUGGAUCUACAACAUGGAAACUGGAAGAUGGAAGAAGAGCAAAACAGAAGGAGAUGUUCCCCCCUCCAUGUCUGGCAGCUGUGCCGUGUGUGUGGACAGGGUGGUGUAUCUCUUCGGAGGGCACCACGCACGGGGCAACACAAACAAGUUCUACAUGCUGAAUUCCAGAUCCACGGACAAGGUGCUGCAGUGGGUGCGAGUGGAGUGUGAGGGGGUGCCCCCCUCGUCCAAGGACAAGCUCGGGGUGUGGGUCUACAGGAACAAGCUGAUAUUUUUUGGAGGUUAUGGCUAUUUUCCCGAAGGGAAGCAACGGGGAACGUUUGAAUUCGAUGAAACCUCUUUUUGGAAUUCAGGUCUUCCUAGAGGGUGGAACGACCACGUGCACGUUCUGGACCUUGAAACCUUUACUUGGAGCCAGCCUAUAACCACGGGCAAAACCCCGUCCCCUCGAGCCGCUCACGCCUGUGCCACGGUUGGGAACAGAGGUUACGUGUUCGGAGGCAGAUACAGGGAGUCCAGAAUGAACGACUUUUACUACCUGGACCUGGACACCUGGGAGUGGAACGAAAUACUCACUCAAGGCAUCUGCCCGGUCGGCCGCUCGUGGCAUUCCUUAACCCCGAUUUCCUCGGAUCACCUCUUCCUCUUCGGAGGGUUCACCACUGACAAGCAGCCUCUGAGUGAUGCUUGGAUUUAUUGCAUCAGCAAGAACGAGUGGAUCCAGUUUGAGCAUAACUACUCUGAAAAACCAAGGCUGUGGCACACGGCCUGUGCCAGCGAGGAGGGAGAGGUGAUUAUCUUUGGGGGCUGUGCCAACAACCUGCUCGCCCACUCCAAAGCUGCUCACAGCAAUGAAAUCCUGGUGUUCUCCCUACAACCAAGAUCUCUAGUAAGGCUGUGCCUCGAGGCAGUGAUCUGCUUCAAGGAGAUGCUGGCCAGUUCCUGGAACUGCCUCCCCAAGCACCUGCUGCACAGCGUCAACCAGCGCUUCGGCAGCAACAACACCUCUGGCUCCUGAGCCCCGGGGCAGCCCCGGGGGGACGAUCCCCACAUUAAAGGUGUGUAGGUUAAACCUCUGUGUCGUCCUAGGUAGUCGCUUCUCGCCUUUCCGUUGCAUGUGAAUGGCCUAGAGAGAACCUAUUUUUGUGUCGAGAUGUUUGCAAUAAAUGUAUUUAAUGCAAGUGGAGAUGCAGCCUGAGCUGAAGCUGGAACCAGUGCUGGGGUUGUGCACCUUGAGGCAGCUGUGAGGCCACCCUGAGCCCCUGGAGACACGUGUUGGAGAGUCCCCAGUCCAGGAGCUGGAGAAUCAUAGAAUCAUAGAAUAGAUUGGGUUGGAAAACACCUCCAAGAUCAUCAAGUCCAAGACUGUGCAGGGAAUGCUGAGCACACCACGACCAUGGAGCGUUGCUUUAGUCUAGGCUGCAGGUCCUGUUGUAAUCCACAGCUUAACGUUUUGCCACAAAUGCUUAAGGUCAGAGAAGCAGGAUUGGGAAACUGUCCGUUGUCAGUCGAUCAACUGUCGUAAACCUCGAGAUGUUAAAGCGCCACUACUCUC